AUGUUGAAGAAACAGAGCACCUCAACGCUUCUUUGUUCAGUCCAGUUCUCCACACCACACACGUCUGACACUUCUUCGAGGGUGAUUGCAGGGAGGGGCUACAAGGUAGUUGGCGGGUUGUGGUUCCUUGUGUUACAUGAAAAAUUGCACCUUUGGUCUAGCGACAGAGAGGUUUUCUUCGACAAGAGAACUGUUCGCUUCGUACGGUGUGCAGUUUUUAGGAUGAGUUAUUUUAGUGUCAAAGUUUACCACCAUGGAAGCUUUGGUCUUGAAGGUGGGCUUUUGAAGUAUUUGGGUGGGGAGACAACUGUGAUAGACUACUGUAAUGAAGAUGAGUGGAGCCUGAUUGAGGUUUAUGACAUAGUGAGCAGACAAGGGUAUUUGAAAAAAGACAUUGCAGCAAUGUGGUACAAAUCACUGGGAGGGAGUACAGAAGAAGGCUUAAGGAUGCUGCGAACAGACAAAGAUGCGAUGGAUAUGGCUAAUAUUGGGGUUAGGGAGGAUAUGGUGGAGCUGUAUGUAGUGCAUAAACCUAGUGAUAUCCAUGAAGAGGUUCAGGAUGUACACAUGUUAGGGAGUACUGAAACUACCAUGCAAGAGCAGGCUUGUGGAUCUAAUGGGCCAGGCCUAAUUGUGGCAUUUGAGGCCCAUUCAGCAAGAGAAGUUGAGAGAAAUUCUGGCCCAAAUGUGGAGGAAAAAAAUGUGGGUGAGAAAAAUGGAAAAGAUGAAUCAGAUGAGGAAGAAGAGGGUAGUGAUGGCAGCGAGGAUGAGGACUAUACUCCCAAGGGUGGUGUAGAUGACAGCAAAGAUAGUGCUGCUGAGGUUGUGUUUGGUGACAGUGAUGAUGAUAAGGAAGGGGCUGAGGGGUUAGUUGAUGUGGACAUCAGGGUAGGGGAUACAUUCGAGCCUGGCACAACUGAAACCCAAACUGAUGCAGCAAAAGAGAGUAGGAGUGGAUAUGACAGAGGUAAGGAGAAGAUACCUGCAGGUUUAGGGGAUGAGGAAGAGGGAUAUGAAUCAGAAGAUUUUCUUGAUGUGCCUAUUGUUGGUGAUGAUGAGGAUGCCAACAAUGUUGCGAAGAGGUAUCCCUUGCACAAGCAGCUAAAGGACAUGAGUGAGUAUAAGUGGGAGAUUGGAACUCUUUAUGUAUCAAGAGAGGAGUUUAAAGAUUGUGCUACUGCCUAUGCUGUACAUACUGGGAGGGGUUUGAGGUUUGAUAAGGUUGACCUUCGGAGAGUGAAAGUCAUUUGCGUUGAGGGUUGUAACUGGUUUGCAUACUGUGGGAAGAUGAAGAAUGAGCAAACAUGGCAACUCACCAGCUGCCACAACAAGCAUAGCUAUUCUAGGGAGUUGAAAAUUGGGAUUAUGCAUGCAAAAUGGUUGAGCAAGGUCUUUCUAAACAAAAUUGCUGAGAAUCCAAAGAUAAAGCUCUCCACACUAAUGAAGAAAGCAUACAGCAAGUGGAAUGUAGAGCUGACUAAGUCUAAAGCUGCCCGGGUUAAGCAGUUUGCUCUUGAUGAGUUACAAGGAACGUACAUUGAGCAGUAUCGGAGGCUCUAUGACUACUGUCACGAAUUGCUCAGGUCUAACCCGGGCUCUACAGUGAAGUUGCAAGUGGAGAGACCACCGGAGUUUGCUUCUGAGAGACCAAAACCUGGUGUGGAUUUAAGGCUAAAGUUCCAAAGACUCUAUGUGUGCCUUGAUGCAUGCAAGAAGAGCUUCAUGGUUUGCCGUCCAAUAAUUUGCCUCGACGGGUGCUUCAUCAAGACACCAUAUGGAGGUCAGCUUCUCACUGCUAUUGGCUGGGACCCGAACGACCAGAUGUUGCCAAUAGCCUAUGCAGUGGUUGAAGUAGAGACGAAGGACACAUGGACCUGGUUCCUUACCAAUCUGUGUGAUGACUUCGGGUAUGACAAGAUAAGGGGCUGCACCUUCAUGUCUGACCAACAGAAGGGAUUGGUUCCAACCUUUGAUGAGCUGAUUCCCGGAGUGGAUCAUAGAUUCUGUGUUAGACAUCUUUACAGCAAUUUCAGGAAGAGAUUCCCAGGGCUGCAACUAAAACUGAUGAUGUGGAAUGCUGCAAAGGCUACUUAUUUACAAGAGAGGGAGAGGAGAAUGGCUGAAAUACAGAGUCUUGAUAAUGGAGCCUACAAUCACCUGAUGGAGAUACCAACCAAAUAUUGGUGCCGCCACAAGUUUGGGACCUGGUCUAACUGUGACACCUUGGUAAACAAUAUGUGUGAGGUCUUUAACUCUGUAAUUGUGGAUGCCAGAGAGAAGCCAAUAGUCAGCAUGCUUGAAGACAUCAGAGUAUACAUAAUGAGGCGUUGGGCUGAUAAUAGGGAUCGUAUAAUUGAAUACCCAAGAGAAGUAUUGCCCCGUAUCAGGAUUAAGGUUGAGAAACAAGCUGAUGCAAGUGGUAAGUGGGUGAGCACGUAUGCUGGUCGUGAUAAAUAUGAGGUAACAAGUAUCCAUGGAGGAAAAGAGAAGUUCGUUGUUGAUUUGAAGAAUCAUGAGUGUUCUUGCAGGAAGUUUUAA